AUGCGGUCCAAGGCUACUUCCGUAAAGCCAUCCGCAUACCCGGCCCUGCCGUUCCACGGCAUCCGCUUCGUGACCUUCUUGUCAGCGGCCGUCGUUGGUAUAAUCCUCGCCGUGUUUAUCUACCAUCUCCAUGCCGACGGGUACAAAUUGCCGUUCGCCUUUCUGAUUCUCCUUCUCGCCGCCGUCCUCUCCAUCCUCAAUAAUAUCCUCACCGCCGUCAUCAACUGCGCCUGCGGCCUCUCCACCAAGCUCUCCAUCGCACUGAACAUUCUCCUCCUAAUUCUUUGGGCGCUCUCACUCGCCCUCCUCAGCUACAACAUGUCCGGCACUAUCCUCACUAAGUGCACCACCACCUACUGGGCUACCUCGACCGCCCUCUCUGUCUGUCGCUGCUACAAGGCCCUCUUUGCCUUCACCGUCGUCGGCGUCGCCUCCUACAUCGCCGCUCUUUGGCUGGAUUUCGUCGUUCGCCGCCGUCAUAACCGCCUCGGCGCCUACAAUCCCAUGGGUAGCACCCCCGGCCUCGGCGACGACGCCUUCGACGUCAAGCUCGCGGACCGUCACGACCCCGUCGCCGGCGCGCACUACGACAACAUACCCGGAACAAAUCAUGUAGAUCCGUAUGCGCACGCAGGCGAAGCGCAGCAGUAUUAUGAUGCGGCGCCACCGCGGACGCGUGGCCCGGGUCAUGUUCGCUUCGAUUCGUAUGCAUCGGAGCAUACGGCCUACGAUCCGGCUGGACAUCGUUGA